AUGAGUAUUGUUUUAGAAUAUUUGAAGGAGCACGCGGACAUCGACAUAGAAGGUCUUGGUGGGCUCAAGAAAACAAAUCGCAUCGCUGGAUAUGCGUGGAAUCAGCUAAGCGCCAGCGAAAGAUAUUAUUAUAAGGAGCGGGCCAAUCAGCUGACCCAACAAAUUAAAGAUGCCUCCAAAAAUUAUAUUACGGAAAAUGACAUUAGACAGAGUGUCAUAAACUCCGCUUUGGAGACGAUAUACAAACAGAUAUGUGUCGAGGUACUUAAAACCUGGCAACAGGCUCGGUUAGAGCCAAACACACUAAUUGAAGCAGAGGGUUUGAGCGCUAACUCAAAAGCUCGAACUGAGGCGUGUCGGUUGGAAAUGUCUGGGAACGAAGAUGCAAGUAAUCUGACAGAAGUUGAAUAUAGCAGCAGUGACGGAGCAAGUGAUGAUACUGUCGGCGGGGAAGAUAGUGAAGCGGAAGAGAGUGAGGAGGGAUCUACGGCAAUGACGUCCAAAGUGGUGGAGGAAAUUCCUGUUAGGGCGCUCUAG